GCUCGCUCUGGUUGUUAAAAAUGGGAAUCUUGUAGGUUUUCCGGACAAUUUAAAGGUGAUAAGCGUGAAUUCAAGCCAUUUCGCAACUCUCGUCGUCGGUCCCUUUGCUAUACCCCUUUGUGGGUCGGUAAAGUGUAAGAAUCUCGGAGAACCGCAGCGCAAAACGUUCACAAAACCGGGCAACUGAAACCCAAGAAAAAGGAUUCUAAAUCUGCGGCCAAGAUUCGGUUGUUCAAAAAGAAAACCAUCAGAAAUCGCACCAAAAUUACGAUUACUGAUAGCCUGCUUUGAGCUACCAAAGGGAGCGAACAGAUUGCACCUUAUCGGAACAGUUCAACUCCGGAACAUCAGCGUCCCCGUGCAAUAAAACCCCGAAAGUGACCCCGUUGUGUCUAGCAGUCUGUGAGCAAAGUAACCAGCUAUCGGGAGAUUUUGUGUUUCGUUUCGUCGGUGUCUUAUCAGGACAAUUUUCCUCCGCGAGCUGUAAGUUGAAUCACCGGCUCUGGCCGGCCGGUGUAAUCAGCAGUGAUCCGUUCGGGAUCUUCGAAAUCCUCUAAAAGCAUUGAAUCAAAGUGAAAAUCCUCGGUGUAGAGAGAGAGAGAGAGAUUCCCAAAAAACCAUCAUCUUCAUCAUCCCCAUCGUCGUCACCAUCAUCGUCGCCAGCAUUAUCAACCAAACCAAACACACAUGCAUCAUCUGCCGGGCUACGAACAAAUUGAUAGAUGACGGAAAGCAGGCGUUGAGGGUGAAGACGAGCGAUCACGUUGGUGCGAGUGAAUAACAAAUCAAAGGCACACAGUCAUCAUUGCCCACCCCCUUUUAUCUCAUACUCAUCACACGGAACUGUGCAGUCAUGCUAUGGUUGCUGCGAUAGUUGCACCUACAAGAUCAUACCGGGGGGCGCUAGCAUGCUAAGGUGGCUGUUGUGUAGCAUCCUUCAGUACAAAUAGUAGAGUAGUAAAGAAUCAACCUCACCAGAAUUGUUCUUUCGAAUGAAAGGCGAUGCUUAAAGGAUCAGACAUUAUUGAAGCCAAUCCGCAAUCCGAUAGCAAACGCUGUUAGUGGAAUUACUGAAGAAACACGGAUAGCAAAAGUUCUCGCUCAAUAACAUCGGUGCAUCAGUGAUUCAAAAUGGGACAGUCGUUGUCAGAACCGGAAACAUCGAAAGAGACAGCCUUCUGCCAGAAUGAUUACUACAAGGUUGGGUCCAGUUGUAUGCAGGGCUGGCGUAUGCACAUGGAAGACUCGCACACGCACAUCCUUUCGCUACCGGACGAUCCGGGAACGUCGUUCUUCGCCGUGUACGAUGGGCACGGUGGCGCCAAGGUAGCCCAGUACGCCGGGAUGCAUCUGCACAAGUACAUUACCCGGCGGCCCGAGUACGGGACUGACCUGAAGGUAGCGUUACAGCGCGGUUUUCUCGAUCUAGACGAAGCCAUGCUCAACAUCGAUGACCUGCGUGAGCAGAUGUCCGGUUCAACGGCAGUGGUCGUGCUUAUCAAAGAGAACCAACUAUUCUGCGCCAACGCAGGCGACUCACGUGCAAUCGCAUCCGUGAAUGGCCGAUUGGAUGUGCUAUCGUUUGAUCACAAACCAAUGAACGCAACGGAGAUGGAGCGGAUUCGCAAUGCCGGCGGGUACGUAGAGUACAAUCGCGUAAAUGGUUACCUGGCCCUCUCCCGUGCGCUCGGUGAUUUUGGUCUCAAGCGCAACCAGGAGAAGAAACCGGAAGAGCAGAUGGUCACGGCGUUUCCCGACAUCGAGGAGCGUGAGGUGACGGAAGAUUGGGACUUUCUGGUGAUUGCGUGCGACGGUAUUUGGGACGUGCUAUCCAGCCAGUCAGUGCUCGAGUUUGUGCAGGACGAAAUCGCUCAGGGUUUGUAUCCGCAAAAGAUUUGUGUGAACCUGAUGGUACGCUGCCUAGCACCAGACUGUCAGAUGGGAGGCAUCGGUGGUGACAACAUGACCGUGAUUAUCGUUUGUUUUCUACACGGCCAACCUUACGAACAGUUGGUAGAGCGAUGUAAGGUAGCGGUUGCGAAACGCGAAGCAAAGGCCAAGAAACGGUUGCAACGGAAAUCAUCGCACAGUGGUGACGAGACGGUAGCGGGUUCUUCCGAUGUCUCCACAAAGGAAGACGAUGAUGGUCCGCGCGAAAGAAACGUGCGUGUUCUAGAGGAUGAUUCUUCGGGUAGUGAUAGUGAGCGAUCGGAUGAAGCACCUGAACCAUCAGCCCCUCUUGUCGCUGCUGCACCGGAAGUUGCAGCCGCUUCCAGUACCUCGUUAACGUAUAGCGAUAAAAAAGAACAAUCGCAAGCGGCACAGAACGAUGAAUCACUCGAACAGGCCACCAAAAACAGUCACAAAGAUAAGGUAGCAGAUGAAGAUUUGAAGACCCCGCAACCUUACCUCGCGGACGAUGAUACUAGUGAAGAGAUCGAUCUAAAGUAGACAGGUUCCCUUAGGCGUCGGAGAGGAUAGCAACGUUGGGCGGUUUUCCUUUUCACUUUAACCAAUGCCCACACGCGACAGCUUGCCCAAGAGAACCGAAAACAGUCCACAACCGGUUUUGUGCAUCACUCAGUUUAAGCGAUUUUGUUUGUAAUGUUAGGACGUUUUUCUAAUUUGUUUUCCCCUUUUUUUUCUUAUGGUACAUGUUACGUGGCGUAACCUUUGCGCGCGGGGUCUCUAGAAUAAUACGGUUGAUGAUAUUUUAAAACGCAAAACAAAUCGAAGGCCAACUUUCUUCCUAAUGCGCGCGCUAGCAAAUACCAAAUACUGUACAGCAGAAAAUAGUGUAAACACAUGGACGGUUCAUACCAAAAGUAAUGGCGCGGAUGUAAAAGAGCAGGUUAAGCAAGUAGUGAGCGUACAAAGCACUCCCAAUAAUGGCGGUGUUACUGAAAGCUCUGAAACUGAAGGAUCCAUUCGGUACCGAUACCGUUUCGGGCCGUUCCUGCAACUACGAUACGCUUUCUCUCAGUGAUCCUAUCCCCCCCCUCCGGUGUCCCCCCGAGCUAUAUCGCAUCGGUGCGCUGAUAACCUGAAUGAGUUGAGCUUGUGCAGAGACACCUGAGACUGCUGCUUUCCUCGAUUCACGAUAAUAAUGCUCAUGCAACUCCUCGUCUCGUCGUGGUCUAGCCACCGUGUAUCUUGUUCCUGUAAAUAGGCUGAAUCUUUUAUAUACCAAAUAGCAUCAACAUUCGGCACGGGCGCAAGGUACGAGGGAUGCAUGCAGUCAUCAUCGGUCACCAUAUAGAGACCGCACGGCACUGCCUCCGGUUAACGAGCAUAUCCGUUGUUCUUUUCUCUGCUCGGUAUGUGUCGUAAGGCUGGAGCAUACUGGAAGGACAGUAGGGACGGAGACAACACGAGCUAUGUGUGUAAAUAUCGGCCUGAACGAUGGUCGUACCGAUGUUGAACAAAAGCGAUUGCAUAACAUCUAUUGGUAACUAUCCGAUCUGUAUGCUAUUAAAUUAUACAUGAAUACAUGUGGAAAUAUAUAUACAUAUAUAUUUUCUUUUUCGAGAUAAACAGUA